AUGUGCUCCGGCAUGAAAUCGUGCCUCGUCAGGAUUCCGACCACCGGCGGCCUCUGCGAGAUAGAACGAGCGUCAGCUCCCUGUUACAGAGCUCCAGACUUAAUGGCGUUCUUGGCUGCCGAUAUUACCUUUCUAGAACGGGUUGGGUAAUCGGAGAUGAAAAAAAAGAAAAACCUCGACAGCAGGAAGACGAGAGUAGUAGAGAGAGAGAGAGAGAGGGGAGGGGGGGCUUACCCCGGGGGUCUUGGGGACGACGCAGAGAUGGCGGAGACCGAGCUCACGGAAGAGAACAGCAGCUUUGGCCAGCGACAUGGUCUCCACCACGGUAUAAGGCGAGGUGUUGGUGAUGGGGUGGAGAUCGACAUACAUUUCCAUAUCUUCCUCCUCGAUCUCCAGGUCCUCGAGCUUGACUCCCUUCCCGGAUCCGGCCUUGGCGAAGUCAAACGCCCCGAAGUUCCUAGACACCUGGGAGACCCCGGUGGCCACCCUCUCCUUGGUGAACUUCUUCCCCUUGAGCAGCACCAGCAGAUGAGACCUCAGCACCAGCCCGCACAGCUCCGGCGCAUCGGUGUAGGGCGGCUCGUCCACCACGGGGAACCCGUGGUGCCCAGUGAGCCGCAGGCCGUGCAUGAUGUUGCCCACCUUCUCCACGCCGGAGAAAAUGAUCAGCGGGCCGGAGACCACGUCCCCGGCGACCAGGUGCCGCAUGUAG